ACGCCUGUAAAAGAAAAGAAAAAUAUAUGAUUGACUAUAUGAAAAUGUUGAAGGCGCGGUGGCCGAGGGUUAAAGCGCUUGGCUUCCGAACCGGAGGAUCCCGGGUUCGAUGCUUAGUGAAGACCGGGAUAUUUAAUUUCGGGAUUUUCAGGGCGCUUUAGCGCUAAUGGGUACCAGACAAUAGUUUGGGAGAAGUAAAGGCGGUUGAUCGUUGUACUGGCCACAUAACAUACUCGUUAACCGUGGCCCACGGAAACAGAUGAACUUUACAUCAUCUGCCCCAUAGAUCGCAAGAUCUGAAAGGGAAAUGUUAAUUUUUAGCGUAUAAAAAUGUUAGCGUCCAGAUCAAGUACCCAGAUCCUGACCUUGCAUCCAGAAAUAACAUCCAGGACUGGGAUCCUGACCUUGCAUCCAGAAAUAACAUCCAGGACUGGGAUCCUGACCUUGCAUCCAGAAAUAACAUCCAGGACUGGGAUCCUGACCUUGCAUCCAGAAAUAACAUCCAGGACUGGGAUCCUGACCUUGCAUCCAGAAAUAACAUCCAGGACUGAAAUCCUGACCUUGCAUCCAGAAAUAACAUCCAGGACUGGGAUCCUGACCUUGCAUCCAGAAAUAACACCCAGGACUGGGAUCCUGACCUUGCAUCCAGAAAUAACACCCAGGACUGGGAUCCUGACCUUGCAUCCAGAAAUAACACCCAGGACUGGGAUCCUGACCUUGCAUCCAGAAAUAACACCCAUGACUGGGAUCCUGACCUUGCAUCCAGAAAUAACAUCCAGGGCUGGGAUCCUGACCUUGCAUCCAGAAAUAACAUCCAGGACUGGGAUCCUGACCUUGCAUCCAGAAAUUACACCCAGGACUGGUACCCUGACCUUGCAUCCAGAAAUAACACACAGGACUGGCAUCCUGACCUUGCAUCCAGACAGAAGAUCCAGGCCUUGCAUCCAGAACUUGCAUCGCGACAUAACAUUAAGGUCUGGUAUCCUGACCUUGCAUUUAAACAUAACAUCAAAGCCUGGCAUCCAAACCUGGCAUCCAGACAGAAGAUCCAGGCCUGGCAUCCAGAACUUGCAUUGAGACAUAACCUCCAGGCAUGGCAUUUAGACCUUGCACCCAGACAUAAGAUCCAGACCUGGCAUCCAGAACUUGCAUCGAGACAUAACCUCCAGGCAUGGCAUUUAGACCUUACACCCAGACAGAAGAUCCAGGCCUGGCAUCCAGAACUUGCAUCGAGACAUAACCUCCAGGCAUGGCAUUUAGACCUUACACCCAGACAGAAGAUCCAGGCCUGGCAUCCAGAACUUGCAUUGAGACAUAACAUCCAGAACUUGCAUCCAGACAGAAGAUCCAGGCCUGGCAUCCAGAACUUGCAUCGAGACAUAACAUCCAGAACUUGCAUCGAGACAUAACAUCCAGAAAUUGCAUCGAGACAUAACAUCCAGAACUUGCAUCGAGACAUAACAUCCAGAACUUGCAUCGAGACAUAACAUCCAGAACUUGCAUCGAGACAUAACAUCCAGAACUUGCAUCGAGACAUAACAUCCAGAACUUGCAUCGAGACAUAACAUCCAGAACUUGCAUCCAGACAGAAGAUCCAGGGCUGGCAUCCAGAACUUGCAUCCAGACAGAAGAUCCAGACCUGGCAUCCAGAACUUGCAUCCAGACAGAAGAUCCAGGCCUGGCAUCCAGAACUUGCAUCCAGACAGAAGAUCCAGGCCUGGCAUCCAGAACUUGCAUCGAGACAUAACCUCCAGACAUUGCAUCCAGACAUACUUUCCAUGCUUCGCAUCCAGAUCUUACAUCCAAGCAUGCCCCCCCCCCCCCCCUAGUAGUAUCUUUAUAAAGGGUUAUGCUGCCGAAUAAUAGAAAGAAAAUAAAAUCUGCAAACUCAAUAGAUCAGCUACAGCCCAGUUUAUCAAAGGAAAAGAAGCGAUUACACUUUUUUUUGUAUCACACAUGUAUUUAUAGUUUGUACCCAUUAGAUUUAGAUAUACAUCCAGUACUUCGCUUUUGGUUUAUUCAUAAACUCUUACACCGGUUUUGUUUUGUAAAUACGUUUUACUAAACUUUUGACAACUCCCUAAAAAAGAGAACAGCAACCCAAGGCACAAAAGUCAAAUUACCUGGUU